AUGGUGAUGGCAAUGACGCAAUUGCGCUCCCCGAGGCUGGCUGGGCAGUUCGCUCGGCAUGUGAAGACGGCUCGCGCCUUCACCACCAGUGCGGCCCUGCGCAAGGAGAUCCAGGACGCCUACAUUCUCAGCGCUGCGCGCACACCGACAGCCAAGUUCAACGGCUCGUUCACCACCGUCGAGGCCUCCAAGCUGGGCGCUGUGGCGAUCAAGUCAGCACUGGAGAAAUCCAAGGUUCCCGUUGAGCAUAUUACCGAUGUGUACAUGGGCAAUGUCCUCAGCGGCAACAUGGGCCAGGCCCCCGCUCGUCAAGCCGUCAUUUUCGCUGGUCUACCGCAGUCCGUAGAGGCCACUACCGUCAACAAGGUCUGCGCCUCGGGCCUCAAGUCCGUUACACUGGCUGCGCAGAACAUUGAACUUGGUCUCGCUGAGGCGCAGAUUGCCGGUGGCAUGGAAAACAUGACGCGGGUGCCUUAUUACCUGCCUCGUGCCAGUGGCCUGCCUGCCUUUGGCAACGUCAAGCUUGAGGAUGGCUUAAUAAAGGAUGGCCUGACCGAUGUUUAUGACCAGUUCCACAUGGGCAACUGCUGUGAGAACACUGUCAAGGAGCACGGCAUCACCAGAGAACAGCAGGAUGAGUACGCCAUCCAGUCUUACAAGAACGCGCAGAAGGCUUGGUCGGAGAAGGCCUUUGCCGAGGAGAUUGCCCCUGUCACUGUCAAGGGCCGCAAAGGCGAUGCAGUCAUCGAUACCGACGAGGGCUUCAUGGACAUCAAGUUUGAAAAGGUACCCACCCUCAAGCCAGCUUUUGUUCGCGACGGCAGUGGGUCCGUAACCGCUGCCAACUCUUCGACCCUCAACGACGGCGCUAGCGCUCUGGUCCUGGGCAGCAAGGCCAUUGCUCAGAAGUACGGUUCUGGUUCGCGAGUACUGGCCAAGAUUUGCGGCUACGCUGACGCCGCCAUCGCGCCCAUCGACUUCCCCGUGGCUCCAGCCAAGGCAGUGCCCAUUGCUCUUGAGCGUGCUGGUAUCACCAAGGACCAGGUAGCGGUUUGGGAGUUCAAUGAGGCUUUUGCCGGCGUCAUCCUGGCCAACUCCAAGCUCCUUGGUCUGGAGAACGCAAAGGUCAACCCUCUGGGCGGCGCUAUUUCCUUGGGCCAUGCUCUCGGCAGCUCAGGGUCGCGCAUCUUGACAACCCUGCUUCACCAGCUGAAGCCGGGCGAGUACGGUGUCGCUGCCAUCUGCAACGGUGGCGGCGCGGCUACUGCACUCGUGGUGCAGCGUGUAGAGUCGGGUAAGCUGCGUAUCAUGACACUGACGACGGACUGGACCUCACCACACACCAUGUCACGGGUCAACGAACUGCUCGUCACGAUACGCAAAGAUAUCGCAAGCGGCAAUGGAGAAAAACUCAGGCAAUGGUUCCAGGUGGUGCCAGAAGCACCCGCUAGCUACCAUGAAAUGGGCCAGGAGCUUCAAGGUAAGCGGGACAAGCCAUUGCACGGAUCUCUCGAGAAAUGGAUCGAGCAUAUGAUCCCCGAUGAGACGGACAAUGCCAAAGAAGGACAGACUACUGCGUGGGGCGGGCUGUACGCGUUCAUCAAGGAGUAUCUGAUCUACUGGCGCGACGCCGAUUGGAAUGAUCUGUUGAGAACGCACGAGCUUCUCACCAAUCUUGUCAAUGCCAGCGCAACAGCCUUCUCGUAUCCCUCUGGGGGUGAUAUACUCAUGCAGACAUGCUUGGCCCUCUCACAGACCCUCGCACAGCUGACAAUGACCCUGAGCCGGCGACCAGACCUUCUUCGCAAGGCAAAACGUGCAGAGGAUGCGGCCGGCGACGGGGGAGGCGACGAUGGCCAAGGCUCGAUCAUUGGCAGGACCUCCGAGACCAUCAAGAAGAUCUUUACGACCUGUCUUCAAGAUCGUACAACAGACAGGUGGACGGCGCCAAAGGGGAGGAAGCAAGCCGUCUACACAUUCGCAAACCUGGUUCUCAAGCUAUCCUUUGCUUGCCGCAAAAUCACACCAGCAACCAUGCUGCUCAGUCAGAUGGCCUCGCAAGCACCGCUGCUCAACCUGUACCCAGCCGCGCAACGCGUCACCUUUCUCUACUACCUCGGCCGCUACUGGUUCGCCAACACACACUACCUACGAGCAGCGCACUGUCUCGAGGCAGCGUACCUCCAGACUCUUCCCACAUUCGUGACGCAUCGCGCCAGGAUUCUCACCUACCUUAUCCCGUGCAACCUCCUCCUAGGGCGUUUCCCCUCCCAAAACCUCCUCAGCAGACCGGAGGCCAGGAAUCUGGCGCCCGUCUUCUUCCCGCUCUGCGCAGCGAUACGCUCUGGCGAUUUCGCAGCUUUCCAGGCACAUCUCGCCACGCAGCAGGAUUGGCUCUACGAGCGAGGCCUUUUCCUUCAACUAGCACACAAGUUGCGGCCACUGCUGUGGCGGAGUCUGGCGAGGAAGACGUUCAUCCUGACAUAUCAGCCGCCCGUGGACGCCUCGUCGCGCAAAGCCGCCACGCUUGACCUGGCCGACUUACAGACUGCCGCGUCGUUCCUGCAGAAACGAAUCGAAGGCUACACGCCCUCGUCGACCACGCAUCGCCCCUCGCAGGGCGUCAACCCCUUGGCCGUGCACGCGGCCCGGAACAACGCCAACACGACGCUCGUCGCGCCGCCCAGUGGGCCACGCAAACUCCGCUCGCACGAGGGCGUCCUGUGGGGCAACGCGCAGAUCGCCGCUGAGGAUGUUGAGAUGAUGGUGGCGGAGAUGGUGCAGCAAGGCCUCAUGCACGGGUUCGUGGCGCACGGGCAGGGACGUUUCGCCAUCAUAGGCGCAAAGGCAAAGGGACCGGUGGCUGCAGGGUGGCCAACCCCGUGGUCAGCCAUAACAGACAGGAAGUACGACCAGUACUACUACGAUCAGGAGGAUGUGCCUGGGUGGGUAAAGGCUUGA